AUGGUUACAGAUGGCGAGCUCGUGGAGAGGCUGCGGACCACCGCGUCCGUCCGCCGCCAGCUGGAGGCGGACUUAGACCUCGAUCUCAGCGACAAGAAACCGUUCAUCAGAGAACAGGUCGAUCUCUUCCUCAGAGAACUCGAGAACGAGAACAAAGAGGAGCAAGGGGAGGAGGAGGAAGAAGAAGAGAAUGCAGCUAAAGAAGAAGAGGAAGAGGAAGAAGAAGAAGGGAGCGAAGAGAAGGAGGACGAGGCGGAGGAAGAGAAGAGCAAUGCCGGGAGCAGUAGCAAGCUAGGAUCAAAGAGUAAGGUUAAGAAAAGGGGUGGUGGAGGGUUCACCAAAGUAUGCAGUCUUUCCCCACAACUCCAGGAGUUUCUUGGUGAAACUGAGUUGGCCAGAACGGAGGUGGUGAAGAGAAUCUGGGCCUAUAUUCGUGAAAACAGUCUGCAAGAUCCAAGCAACAGGAGAAAAAUAUUAUGUGACGAGAGAAUGCAAAAUCUAUUCAAUGUGAAAAAAAUUGACAUGUUUCAGAUGAACAAAGCUUUGUCUAAGCAUAUUUGGCCUUUGGAUUCUGAAGCAGGUUCCAUCAAGCCAGCACAGAAGGAAAGGAAACCAAAAAAGGAGAGAGAAGCUUCAGAUGAAUCUCCACGAAAAGGCAAAAGGCAAAAGGGUUCUACAGGUUUUCUUGCACCGCUUCAACUUUCGGAUGCUCUCAUGAAAUUUAUUGGUACCGGUGAAACUGAAUUACCAAGGUCUGAUGUUGUGAAGAGAAUUUGGGAUUAUAUUAAAGAAAACAAUUUGCAGGAUCCUGCUGAUAAGAGGAAUAUCAUAUGUGAUGAGAAGCUGAAAGAGUUGUUUGAGGUUGAUUACUUCACUGGAUUCACUGUUUCAAAGUUGCUGACUGCACAUUUUAUCAAAAUGAAAUAGCAUGGAGACUCCCAUACUGGAAUUUAUGCUAAGCUCAUGUAAUGGGCAAUUUUGUUUAGAAGUGUUCCUCCGACAGAUGACAAACAAUGUUCUCAGGACUUCUCUGUACAUAAAUAAGGUAGCUAGAACUCUAGACGAAUAUAAUAGAAAUAGCUGCUUCCAAGCGCAGAAAAUAUUUGUCAAAAAUUUCAGAUUGUUGACUUGUUGUCAACUCGGGCAAAUAUUUCACUGAACUCAAUUUAGAAUACGAAGGGAAUGCACAUUAUUUGUGCGUUUUAGUUGGAGGUAGUGGAUUAUGGUGGCAGGAUUACGAUACUGCAACAUUUGUUCCUCAUGCAUCCUUCCUUUACUUAUAGGUUGUUAAUAUUAUGCUAUGAACUAUGAUUUGCACUAGCCACUUAUUUUCGUAUCUUAACAGAAUAUCAAUAGCGAACUUAACUGUUCUAUUCUGACCUUUGUAUCAUUCUUCUGACUCCCUGGAUUGUCACAUAUGUAUUAUUUAUUUUUGGAAUAAUGUAUAAUAUUCAACAGGAUGAGUUGCCAUAUAAUCAGUUUUGCGUCAUCGAAGUCCUUCAUUAUUC